GUGUGCGCCGGCGGGCCGGUCCACCUCCUCAGCGCCGCCCGCGCGGCCAGGCCCAGUCGGCCCCGCAGACCCCGACGGGCCCGCGCCUGCGCCGUCCCCCGCCCGGGCCCCCAGCCCGCCCCGCGCCUGCGCCGGCCUCCUCCCAGCCGGACCUGCAACCUUCGGCGCGGAUCUCCGGGGCGCCCCUGACUGGUGUUCCGGGAUCCCCGUCCGCCGGAUGCCUCUGAGCUGAGGGGCCGAGUGCGACCCUUCCGCUUUGCUCUCCCCUCGCCCCAGGAGGGGCUGGGGCCGCCGCCCAUAGUCCUGUCCCCUGCCCGCCGCGGGUACCAGCUCUGCUCCGGAGCCCCGAGAACGCGGCGCGGGGAUCAGCCCUCCCCGCUUCGAGAUUUGCUUGUAAAUGCAUCACGAAGAGGCAACCCAGAAUGAAGAAAGCAAGCAGGAGUGUUGGCUCAGUGCCUAAAGUGUCUGGGAUAAGCAAAACAGUAGAGAAACCUAAACCUGAAAAUAACCCUUCGGCAUCUAUAGGAGGCAAACUUGUAAGACCUGGAGCUGCAGCAUUAUUGUCCAAGACCAAGAGCAACGAUGACCUUUUAGCUGGAAUGGCUGGAGGGGUGACAGUGACUAAUGGUGUCAAAGGAAAGAAAAGCACCUGCCCUUCCACAGCAUCUUCAGCAUCUGCUCCUGCCAUGACCACCGUGGAGAGCAAGGCCAAGAUUAGCACAGGCACAAGUUCUUCAACCAAGCGGAGCACUUCUACAGGUAAUAAAGAAUCCAGUUCUACUAGAGAAAGAUUACGGGAACGCACACGACUAAACCAGAGCAAAAAAAUACCUUCUGCAGGUCAGGGGCCUAAUGACCUGGCACUGGCUAAACGUUCCCGCAGUCGUACUGCCACAGAAUGUGAUGUUCGCAUGAGCAAGUCUAAGUCAGACAAUCAGAUCAGUGACAAAGCUGCUUUGGAGGCCAAAGUGAAAGAUCUUCUCACACUGGCAAAAACUAAAGAUGUGGAAAUUUUGCAUUUGAGAAAUGAACUCCGAGACAUGCGUGCUCAGCUGGGCAUUAAUGAGGAUCCUUCCGAGGGAGAUGAAAAAUCUGAGGAGAAGGAAGCCAUUAUUGCUCACCAGCCAACUGAUGUUGAGUCUACUUUAUUGCAGUUACAGGAACAGAAUACUGCCAUCCGCGAAGAGCUCAACCAGCUGAAAAAUGAAAACAGAAUGUUAAAGGACAGGUUGAAUGCAUUGGGCUUUUCCCUAGAGCAGAGGUUAGACAAUUCUGAAAAACUGUUUGGCUAUCAGUCUCUGAGCCCAGAAAUCACUCCUGGUAACCAGAGUGAUGGAGGAGGGACUCUGACUUCUUCAGUAGAAGGCUCUGCCCCGGGGUCAGUGGAGGAUCUCUUGAGUCAAGAUGAAAACACCCUCAUGGACCAUCAGCACAGUAACUCCAUGGACAAUUUAGACAGUGAGUGCAGUGAGGUGUACCAGCCCCUCACAUCCAGCGACGACGCCCUAGAUGCACCGUCGUCCUCCGAGUCAGAAGGCAUUCCGAGCAUAGAGCGCUCUCGGAAGGGGAGCAGUGGGAAUGCCAGCGAAGUGUCUGUUGCGUGCUUGACUGAACGGAUACAUCAGAUGGAGGAGAACCAACACAGCACGAGCGAGGAACUUCAGGCAACUCUGCAAGAGCUAGCUGACUUACAGCAGAUUACCCAGGAGCUGAAUAGCGAAAAUGAAAGGCUUGGGGAGGAAAAGGUUAUUCUUAUGGAGUCUCUGUGUCAGCAAAGUGAUAAGUUAGAACACUUUAGCCGACAAAUCGAGUAUUUCCGCUCCCUUCUAGAUGAACAUCACAUUUCUUAUGUCAUAGAUGAGGAUGUGAAAAGUGGACGCUAUUUGGAACUGGAACAACGUUAUAUGGAUCUAGCUGAGAAUGCCCGUUUUGAACGAGAGCAGCUUCUUGGUGUCCAGCAGCACUUGAGCAAUACUUUGAAGAUGGCAGAACAAGACAACAAGGAAGCUCAAGAAAUGAUAGGGGCACUCAAAGAACGCAAUCAUCAUAUGGAGCGAAUUAUUGAGUCUGAGCAGAAGGGGAAAGGAGCCUUGGCAGCCACAUUAGAGGAGUACAAAGCCACAGUGGCCAGUGACCAGAUAGAAAUGAAUCGCCUGAAGGCCCAGCUGGAGAAUGAAAAGCAAAAGGUGGCCGAGCUGUAUUCCAUUCAUAACUCUGGAGACAAGUCUGAUAUCCAGGAUCUCCUGGAGAGUGUCAGGCUGGACAAAGAAAAAGCGGAGGCUUUGGCUAGUAGCCUGCAGGAAGAUCUGGCGCACACCCGAAAUGAUGCCAAUCGAUUGCAGGACACCAUUGCAAAGGUAGAAGAUGAAUACCGGGCCUUUCAAGAAGAAGCUAAGAAACAAAUAGAAGAUUUGAAUAUGACAUUAGAAAAAUUAAGAGCAGAGCUGGAAGAAAAAGAGACAGAAAGGAGCGACAUGAAAGAAACCAUCUUUGAACUUGAGGACGAAGUUGAACAACACCGAGCCGUGAAACUUCAUGACAACCUCAUUAUUUCUGAUCUAGAGAAUACGGUUAAAAAACUCCAGGACCAAAAACAUGACAUGGAAAGAGAAAUCAAGACAUUGCACAGGAGACUUCGGGAAGAAUCUGCAGAAUGGCGGCAGUUUCAAGCUGAUCUCCAGACUGCAGUGGUUAUUGCAAAUGACAUUAAAUCUGAAGCCCAGGAGGAGAUCGGUGAUUUGAAGCGCCGAUUGCAUGAGACUCAAGAAAAAAAUGAGAAACUCACAAAAGAAUUGGAAGAAAUAAAGUCACGCAAGCAAGAGGAGGAGCGAGGCCGGGUGUAUAACUACAUGAAUGCUGUUGAGAGAGAUUUGGCAGCCUUACGGCAAGGGAUGGGACUGAGUAGGCGCUCUUCAACCUCUUCUGAGCCAACCCCUACGGUAAAGACCCUCAUCAAGUCCUUCGACAGUGCGUCUCAAGGACCAAAUCCUACAGCAGCUGCAAUUCCUCGAACGCCUCUGAGUCCAAGUCCUAUGAAAACCCCCCCUGCAGCAGCAGUCUCCCCUAUGCAGAGACAUUCCAUAAGUGGACCAAUCUCUACAUCCAAACCCCUGACAGCCCUGUCAGAUAAGAGACCAAACUAUGGGGAAAUUCCUGUUCAAGAGCAUCUGUUAAGAACCUCUUCAACCAGCCGACCAGCUUCACUACCAAGAGUACCUGCGAUGGAAAGUGCCAAGGCCAUCUCAGUGUCUCGAAGAAGUAGUGAAGAGAUGAAGCGAGACAUCUCUGCACCCGAGGGAGCAUCGCCUGCCUCCCUCAUGGCGAUGGGAACCACGUCACCACAGCUCUCCCUCUCCUCCUCUCCCACAGCGUCCGUGACGCCCACGACCCGAAGCCGGAUAAGGGAAGAAAGGAAGGACCCACUCUCAGCAUUGGCAAGAGAAUAUGGAGGCUCAAAGAGGAACGCCUUGCUGAAGUGGUGUCAGAAGAAAACAGAAGGCUAUCAGAAUAUCGACAUCACAAACUUCAGCAGCAGUUGGAAUGAUGGGCUGGCCUUUUGUGCUCUCCUGCAUACAUACCUUCCAGCCCACAUCCCAUAUCAAGAGCUGAAUAGCCAAGAUAAGCGAAGGAACUUCACCCUGGCCUUCCAGGCAGCUGAGAGCGUUGGAAUCAAAUCCACACUGGACAUUAAUGAAAUGGUGCGGACUGAACGGCCCGACUGGCAAAACGUGAUGCUGUACGUGACAGCUAUCUACAAGUACUUCGAAACCUGAGCACACCAGGAGGACCUCCCAGUUACCAGGCAACGCCAGCACCAUUAGCUACGCACCCUGUAAAGCUUUCAGCGACUCUCUGGGCUGCCCCACAGUGCGUGAGCCUUCAGCCUGGCGCCUCUGGGUUGGGAGAACUUGGGCCCAUGUGGCCUGCAACUCAGCCCAGGCUCCUUCCACGUGACCCAUCAGCCAGAGGUUGGCGUGUACUCCGUACCGCGCACUGUGUGCCUCCAGAAUUCUCCUUCUGAAGAUAUGUCUGAAUUUCGUUAGUGUUGCGGGGUGCCAGAGGCCCAUGAACAGCUCAACUUGGAAGGGGAUUAAAUUAUGCGGGCAGCUCAUGGGGUCAGUGAAAGCUUCAGCCACAGCCUAUCUGCAGUGCUCGUCGAGCAGGUCCUGUCACCCAUGGAAACCACGCAGGGGUGGCAGUGUCUGACAGGCUCCUGCUUCCCAGUGUUGGGUGUGUAGGCCUCAGCCCUUCACAGGGGCUCGGAUUCAAGGAGUGGGUCCAGAGCAGUGGGACAGCCCCCUUCUCUGUGACAGGGCUGUCCUAGCCAGUGCAGAUGACCAAGACUCGUGUUCCCGGCUCUCAGGGUCUGCUGCUGUUGAACGAUUCACGGGCUGGGCCUCCAUCUAGUCGCAGGCCAGGGCCCCUUCGCCGAUUCUCUGCUGACCUGACCUCCAGCUUCAUGGGGCUUGGACACCCAGCUCUGACUUCAGGUUUCUAGUCAAAAGAAUUGGUCAUAAGGAGUUCUUCUAGUUAAAAAAAUGUUUUUCUCUUAAGAGCAAUAUUGGGGGAAAUAGCUCUUUUUGUCAUAGUACCAAAGUUGAAUUGUUGUAGGCAUAGAUAUAAAACCCGAAAUGUGGACAUGGUGAAAGUCAGGAGUGAGGUGAGAAGGAGCAGGAGGAGAAGCUGAGCAGCUGGAAGGAGGCCGGACAGUGCGAUGUAAGUCACUGCAUCGCUGAGAUGUGAGUCCUAGGCAAGGACUGACUAAGAAAGUGCCUUAACUCUCCUGACGAGGGUGCCCUGCACAGAGGGUCCUGGAGGCCCCUGGCGCCGCAGCCAAGUGAAGGAGCUGGUUCCCUGCCAUGCCGCCCUCUCCAGGCCCAGUGGGCGUGAACCAGAGCCUCAUCACCAGCUGUCUGUUGAGAUGCCUCUCAGGCUGGGACUCAGCCCUUCUGGGGAACAGGGAGCCCAUGUCUCAGUACACCUGACACAGUAGCUGUUGGCUCAAACAGCGUCAAGACCCAUUGCUUCCAGAAUGUAGCUCGUCUGGCACCUGCACUGCAGCAUGAGGAAGAGCUGCCCCCGGUGAGGCAGGCCGCAGGGUGGGGCUCACACAGGCCCUCUGGCCCACGCGGGGGCUGUGGGCUAUGUAUGUGCACAUGAUGCUCCAGACCAGGAGUCUGACAUAUCUGCAGCCUAGAAGAGAAUGGUCAUAUGAGACAGGCUGUGCACACGCGUGGGGCCAUAUUGCCAGCAGGCAUGCCCAGAUGCCCUGACCCAGCAGCUCUGGCUACUACCCUAAUGGGAGGCUGUUUGCGAAGUGCCCACUUCAGCUGAUAAGGAGAGUUCCAGUGAGUGGAGCCCAGGCCCCACACACACCGGAAAACCCCAGCGGAUCUCUGUCCCAUCCUUCCCGACUGGGUUCUGUUCUGGUUUCUAUUGUGUUGGCAGUGGCCCUGUGCUAUCAGCUGAAGGACUGUUAGGGUGAGAUUCAUGUUUUUAAAUAUAUGUACCUGGUUUAGCUGAGUCCCACUUUUGUUGUUUGUCCUCAUGGAGGCCUGUGCCCAUCUGGACCAUGUCAGCUGUGCAGCCAUGUUUUUGUUUAUUUAUUAUGUUGGGGCCGGUUUCGUCUGAGGAAGGAGAAGCCUCUCCUGGUCUGCAUUUCUCGCCUGUGUCCCUUCCCAGCCGGGUGGGCCAGCUUGGCUGCUCAUGCUGUUGGGGGGGUCAUAGCUGCUGGGCUAUGACCAGAUUGCUAACAUUGUCCUGAUUCAUGCCCUGGGGUUGGUGACAGGGCAGAGGGUGGCCGUGGGGAGGGCCCGGCUGGGCUGCCCACGUUUGUACUUGGGUCCAACAAGUGAGAAGAUUCCAGAAGCAUGGCUUUUGCUUUUUCUAACAGGAUCCUUUAUGGGAUGAUUCUAGAUGGUCAUAUUACCUAAAAGUGACACACUGAGGUGCUUUUAGUCCAGUGGCACUUGGUAUGAAGCCUCCAGGAAGUCGUUUCACCUCUUCUCCCUUCAAGCACAAGCUUUACUGCAAAAGGGCCAGUUAAUUCCUGUUUCUCUCAACCACGGGCUUCUGCUGACUGAGGAUACUUUUUUAUUUUGUUCUAUUAAAUAUUCUUGAAUGUAUUAAAAUUGCUGAAACACAUCAGGCUUGGG